CCGCGCAGGAAACCUACUGCGUUCUCAUUGGCUGCCGGCAUCGGCCGAUUGGGCCGCGGAGCCGCCGGGCCGCCCGCCGGAGCUGGGAGGGAGCGAGGUGCGGACCGUGGCGGUAUCCGCGGGAAGAGCGCCGAUGGACCUGCUGCCGGACCCCGCGCCCCUGGCUACCAGGCUGAAGAACACUCUGCUCCGCUACCACAGCAUCGCCGACAGCGAGUGGCGGUUCGCCAGGAAAACUAAAGAUGCAGUGGUGUGGCGUAAACCAUCAGAAGAAUUCAGCGGAUACCUGUACAAAGCUCAAGGAGUGGUGGAAGAUGUUACUAACAGAAUAGUGGAUCAUAUUCGUCCUGGACCUUACAGGCUUGACUGGGACAGCUUAAUGACUACAAUGGACAUCGUGGAAAUGUUUGAAGAGAACUGCUGUGUGAUGCGCUACACCACUGCUGGACAGCUCUGGAACAUCAUAGCACCAAGGGAGUUUGUUGAUUUUUCUUACACCACAAGCUAUGAAGAUGGGCUUCUAUCAUGUGGUAUAAGCCUUAACUACGGAGAGGUGAGACCUAAUUUUGUCCGUGGAUUCAAUCACCCGUGUGGCUGGUUCUGCGUCCCUCUUAAGGACUGUCCUAGCCACAGCCUUUUGACGGGCUAUAUUCAGACCGAACUGCGAGGGAUGCUACCUCAGUCUGCAGUAGACACUGCCAUGGCUAGUACCCUGGCCAAUUUCUACUCUGACCUCAAAAAGGCACUGAAAUCAUAAACAAAAACUGACUUAGAAGCCUGUGCAUUUCUUGCAAUCAAAUUAUAUUGAUUAGUUUAACAUAGGUUAACUACUGAACGCAAAGGUGAAUAACAUUGUUCCUGAAUGAUUCCUGAACCUGUGUUGUAGAGGGACCCAGACAACUUUGAUGUCAUACUUAGAAUACAUUCCUAUUUCACAGCACAAGAUCUUUUUUCCUGCUUAGCACACUGCAGCUGUGUGAGUACUCUGAACCUAUACAUCCCUUACUUCCUUAGGUGGAAAACAGAAAAUGUGAAUGUAAAUUUGAAAAGUUGAUCAGAAACUUGGCUCUCAACAGCAGUACAGAGAGUAGAGUGCUCAGGAUUUUGUGUGUGCACAUUGCUGUACAGACAGCAGCUCAUAGGAGAUGCAAUUUAUAUAUAUAUAUGUGUUUACAGAUUAAGUUUUUAAUUUAUGUAGUUUGUACCUUUAAUGCAUCUUUAAUUUCUAUGUUAAUUUGCUUUGCUUUAUCAUUGAGAUGGUCCGAAGCCAUACUGUUAAACAGUACUAUUCAUAAGGAAGCUAUUUGCUCAUGUUAGCAAAUGAAGUAUUUAUUAUCGGCAUUUCUUUAAUGUUGUAACUGCAGAUUGUUAACUGUUGUAUAUAACAGUCUCAGUGCUUAGAUAAAGAAAUGCCCUUACAGCUGAUCCAAAGCUAGUAUAAGUCAUGAGGUGUCUUUCCCUAGUUUUUAGUGGACUUUUAAUCACACAUGUAGUUGUUAAAAUAGCAAAAAAUAGCAAACCUGCAGUGGUUCCCCUAUAGUACUUGGCACUUCUAAAUAGUUGUUUUUACUAAGUUUUGUGUGGAAUUGUGUUUUCUAGCUUAAGUUUUGUCUUCCUUAGCUGAAAACCCUACAGAUACUAAAACUACAGAUAGUAUCAUUAAGUUGCUUAGGCAUAGGCUUUGGAGCAGAGCAGCACAGACUACCAACGUCAUGGAACAGUACAGUAGAGUUUUCUGUUGAAAUUUCUAGUAAGUGAACUAAGCAUCUUAAAAUAUGGCUGACUGAAUGUAAAAAAUACAAGCUAUAGGUAAGCUCAGAGCCACAGGGAGGUGGAGGGUCAUGUUUUUAAGGAUAUUUAACCACCAAGCGAUGCUGAUAGGCGUGGGGACUUUGGAAAGCCUACUGUCUGUGCUGCUAGGUCCUUAGAUCUGUUUAAAACCUGACACUGAGCAUUCAGUGUUGGUAUGCAUCCAUUUCUCAGUUGAGAUUGUAAUUUUCCCUGUACUUUACCAGUGCAAGUGUAGCUGUGUUGUAGUUUGGGAAGAUACCUUGUAGCCUAGUGUUUUGGGGCCAGUAAUACAAUUAGUACAAUUAGUAGUACAAUACAGUUUUGGUAAGGAAAAUGUAUUCACAUGGUAGAUGUUCCCCUGGAAUAUUGGCUCUUUGGGCAUUAGCCACUGCAAAAAAAAAGAAAAAAGAAAAAAGACACCAAGUAGUAAGAGUUUUUCAAAUCUGCUUUAUGUGUUAAGGUAUACAGCACUGUUUAAAAUGCUUACAGAUGAUGACAUGAAACAGCCUUUGUUGUCUUAACAAAGAAUUCACUUCUCUGUGGGGUUUUGUGUGUUCUUGUGUUCCUUUUAAACUCCUUGGUUAGUCUUCCUGUCUUUCCUGUCUUCUUUGUUUCCCUCACAGCCUGGAAGUUCAGAGGGUGCUCUUUUACCACCAAUCAUACUGAGUAAUCACUUUCCCUGGAUGCUAGAGUGUGCUGCUUUCUAGUGGUACUGAUAAUUGAGUAAGAAAGCCCUAGCAAUACUGCUCUGUGGCAUGAGUGCUGACAUGAUUACAGAGGAAGCUGUGUGUACGGUGUACUGUAUUUGUUUUUCCCAAUUACAUAGGCUACAUAGAUAGUCAUUAAUCUGCAUAUUCAUUGUAUUUUUUUAAGGCUUCAGGUACUAAUUAAGGGGUUGUGAUACAGAUAUAUGUCAGUGUCUUCAUAAAGAGCUCAGUUUAAACCUACAGAAGCACUUCACUGCUGGAGAAGCAAGUCAAAAGGAGCAUGAGACACUUGUAGACAUGAGGAUGAUGUUUGCAGAGCACUAGAUGCUGUAGAAAAGAUCACAAGGUCCCUAUUCAGAUACCCUGUUUAAGGACUCUCAUCUCUAUAGAGUUAUCCAGCCUUAUUUGUAUGAUGUAAAAUGGCCUUUUAAGCUUUCCGAUGAAGAUAGGCUGAUGAAGCACAGAGCAGACAAAGAAAGAAGACUUGUAAGAAAAUUCUUGGAAUAUUUUAAUAUUUGAUGAUGUCUUUUAAUAUACAUAUCUCCAUGCAUGUUUCUUUUUUAUCAGCAGAGUUGUUUUCAGUAUGAGGCCAAGGAAUGGAAAGAUGUAGUGAAUGAGGACAAAUAUCUGAAAGCCAAGUGGGCCUUUUAUUUUGCAUUAUGAUGCAUUAUAAUUUGUUGUGUAAAAACCAAGUAAACUGGCUUUGUGUGUUUCAAUAGAUAUAGUCUAUUGUUUCUGACAAUUGUGUCAGAAAUUCAAGUGAAUAACAACAGAGACUACAGGAGGCAGAGACCAGAGCCAGAUUUUUUUAUGUCAGCAUAAUACAGUUCUACAGUUUUCAGAUGAGGAAAAUACAUGGAAGGUGCCAGCAAACCUGAAGGAUUUAUUUUGGAUAUUCUCUUGAUUCUAAAAAUUUUCUAGUUUAAGAGUGCAAUGAUGGACAGUGUGCUGAUGACUUCAGUAGUGAUGCAUUGCUGUUACCUCUUUGCUGAUCAUUUAAAGCAGUUGAGCUAUAGAGUUACACAGAACUGUUAGAAAGGUGUCUGGUUUCACAGAGUAUUGUAUUUGAAGUCACAACUUAUUUUCUUUUCAUAUAGCUAGGGAUUGAAAGGUGUGAGGUAUUGAGGCAGAGCUGUUCUUUAACCAGAGUACAUUCAGAACCAGAAAAGCCAGUAUCAAGAACCAAUCAGAUCAGAAGAAUUUAUUUCCCCUCCCAUGGUAUUGCUUUCCUCCUAAGUCAGAGAACAGUCUGGAUUGAGCAAGACGGUAAAAAAUAGGAAGGGAUUUGAGGGGAUGAAACGCAGGAGCACAUACUGUGCUUGUUAGUAGAUAGUGUAAGGCAAAGUAAAUUACUUUGUAUACUUUGCUGUCAUCAGAACAGCAACAGAAUUUAUGCAACUUUGUGAGAUUUGCCAGUGUUUCCAUUGUUGGGAAGAGGCACAUGCUGCCUUCAGUACUAGAACUCAGUGUUUCAGCAAGACUGUGUCACUUGAAAUCAGGUUCUGAAUGAGGUAACCAAGAAUAAAUGGCAGAUAGGUGUCAGUUUUUGCUAGGGAAAAAGCAUGUAUAUAGACACAUCAACAAUAUUUUUAUAUAGCUAGUAAUUUAAAAAACAAAAGAAAAACAAAAAACUAUUCAGGGGUUUAAGCAAUAUAUUUGUUUAAGUCUGUCAUUUUAACUAUGUCCUGUAUGUGUGGAUGGGAAAGAUGACUAAAGAUAAGACAAUCAUUAUGUUCAGCUUUUAUUUGUCAUCUAAAGCCUCCAGCAUUGAACUUUCUUUGUAGCUUAUUUUGUUUGUGCAGUAAACAGAUGUUGAGCUAAGUGCACUGUCGAUGCAGCCCGAGGUGCUCCACCACACUGGUGAGAGGUGGAGCAGUACCUCAGCCAGACACUGUGGGAACAGCACAAGCCCUAAUCUCAAAUUUGAUUAUCUUGCUAUGUUUUUAGUGGAUCAGAAUGUAAAAACAGUGUAUUCCUCCAAUGAUCCAACAGUGUAUUCCUCCAAACAACUAGAACUGUUUUGAUAGCGUGAGCGAGUUAUUCGGCUUACAGGUCCACUGCUGGAAAAGUAGCAACAGUUCUAUUGAACCCAAUCAAGUUAGGCCUUUAUUUAGAAAAUGAAAGUCAGUCUGGCUAAACAGUGGUUUGAAAGACUGUGUUAAUUGCUUAAGGUAUUUAUGUUUCUAUUCUGAAUGCAAUUACAGAAUAAAUUAAGACAUGAAUACUAACAGA